ACUCUUUUAUCUAUGGCAUGCUUAUACCCUGGGAAUGAGGACACAGAGCCAGCUGCUGAACUUCAACGGGAUAACCAGUAGAUUCUCUUUGACCUUCACUUUGCCGUGAUCCCAUGCCUAUGGAUGCCCAGGACUUGACAUGGAUAUGCUUUGGAUUUCAUAAUAUAUUCCACAUUAUUACUUCCUUGUGAUCUCAGCUAAGUCUUAAGCAGUGCCCAACCCAAGUUCAAAGGCUGAUGAGAGAGAAAAUCUCAUGAAGAGAUUUUACUCUAGGGAAAGUUGCUCAGUGGAUGGGAUCUUGGCGCAGGGGGAAAGAUGUCAAGCUCCUCCUGGCUCCUGCUCAGCCUUGUUGCUGUAACUACUGCUCAGUCCAUCAUCGAAGAACAGGCCAAGACAUUUUUAGACAAGUUUAACCAGGAAGCUGAAGACCUGUCUUAUCAAAGUUCACUUGCUUCUUGGAAUUAUAACACCAAUAUUACUGAGGAGAAUGCCCAAAAGAUGAAUGAGGCUGCUGCCAAAUGGUCUGCCUUUUAUGAAGAGCAGUCUAAGCUUGCCAAAAAUUACCCACUACAAGAAGUUCAGAAUCUCACCAUCAAGCGUCAACUGCAGGCCCUUCAGCAGAGUGGGUCUUCAGCACUCUCAGCGGACAAGAACAAGCAGUUGAACACAAUUCUAAACACUAUGAGCACCAUUUAUAGUACUGGAAAAGUUUGCAACCCAAAGAAUCCACAAGAAUGCUUAUUACUUGAACCAGGUUUGGAUGACAUAAUGGCAACAAGCACAGACUACAAUGAGAGGCUCUGGGCUUGGGAAGGCUGGAGAGCUGAGGUAGGCAAGCAGCUGAGGCCAUUGUAUGAGGAAUAUGUGGUCCUGAAAAAUGAGAUGGCAAGAGCAAACAAUUAUGAAGACUAUGGAGAUUACUGGCGAGGGGAUUAUGAAGCAGAGGGAGCAAAUGGCUACAACUAUAACGGCAACCAGUUGAUUGAAGACGUGGAACGUACCUUCAAAGAGAUUAAACCAUUAUAUGAACAACUUCAUGCCUAUGUGAGAACAAAGUUGAUGGAUACCUACCCAUCCUACAUCAGUCCUACUGGAUGCCUCCCUGCUCAUUUGCUUGGUGAUAUGUGGGGUAGAUUUUGGACAAAUCUGUACCCGUUGACAGUUCCCUUUGGACAGAAACCAAACAUAGAUGUUACUGAUGCAAUGGUGGAGCAGGGCUGGGAUGCAGAAAGGAUAUUUAAAGAGGCAGAGAAGUUCUUUGUUUCUGUUGGCCUUCCUCACAUGACUAAAGGAUUCUGGCAAAACUCCAUGCUGACUGAUCCAGGAGAUGGCCGGAAAGUGGUCUGCCACCCCACAGCUUGGGACCUGGGGAAGGAAGAUUUCAGAAUCAAGAUGUGUACAAAGGUCACAAUGGACAACUUCCUGACAGCCCACCAUGAGAUGGGACAUAUCCAAUACGACAUGGCAUAUGCCACACAACCUUUCUUACUAAGAAAUGGAGCCAAUGAAGGGUUCCAUGAAGCUGUUGGGGAAAUCAUGUCACUUUCUGCAGCUACACCGGAGCAUCUGAAAUCCAUUGGUCUUCUGCCAUCCAAUUUUCAGGAAGAUAGUGAAACAGAAAUAAACUUCCUACUCAAGCAAGCACUGACAAUUGUUGGGACGCUACCAUUUACUUACAUGUUAGAGAAAUGGAGGUGGAUGGUCUUUAAGGGUGACAUUCCCAAAGAACAGUGGAUGGAGAAGUGGUGGGAGAUGAAGAGAGAGAUCGUUGGUGUGGUGGAGCCCCUGCCUCAUGAUGAAACAUACUGUGACCCUGCAGCUCUGUUCCAUGUUUCUAAUGAUUUCUCAUUCAUCCGAUAUUACACAAGGACCAUUUAUCAAUUCCAGUUUCAAGAAGCCCUUUGUCAAGCAGCUAAACAUGAUGGCCCACUGCACAAAUGUGACAUCUCAAAUUCUACUGAAGCCGGCCAGAAGUUGCUCAACAUGCUGCGUCUUGGAAAAUCUGAACCCUGGACCUUAGCAUUGGAAAAUGUGGUAGGAGCAAGGAAUAUGGAUGUAAGACCACUGCUCAAUUACUUUGAGCCAUUAUCUGUCUGGCUGAAAGAGCAGAACAAGAAUUCCUUUGUGGGGUGGAACACUGACUGGAGUCCAUAUGCCGACCAAAGCAUUAAAGUGAGGAUAAGCCUGAAAUCAGCUCUUGGGGAAAAUGCAUAUGAAUGGAAUGACAACGAAAUGUACCUGUUCCGAGCAUCUGUUGCAUAUGCCAUGAGAGUAUAUUUUGCAAAGAACAAAACCCAGACAGUCCCUUUUGGAGUGGAAGAUAUACGGGUGAGUGAUUUGACACCAAGAGUCUCCUUCAACUUCUUUGUCACUUCACCCCAAAAUAUGUCUGACAUCAUUCCUAGAAAUGAAGUUGAAGAGGCUGUCAGAUUUUCUAGGGGCCGUAUAAAUGAUGUUUUUGGCCUGGAUGAUAACAGCCUGGAGUUUUUGGGAAUUAAUCCAACACUUGCACCACCGUACCAGCCUCCUGUCACCAUAUGGCUGAUUAUUUUUGGCGUUGUGAUGGGAAUUGUAGUGGUUGGCAUCAUUAUCCUAAUCGUCACGGGGAUCAAAGCUCAGAAGAAGAAAAAUGAAAAAAAGAGAGAAGAAAAUCCUUAUGACUCUAUGGACAUUGGUAAAGGUGAAAGUAAUGCAGGCUUCCAAAGCAAUGAUGAUGCUCAGACUUCAUUUUAGAGUCAUUUUACUGUAUGUAAUUGCUAGUGUUAUAGUACACAAAAUAUGAGAUUAUAUACAUGUCAUUAGAUAUCAAAACUUUGGUCUAUUCAGUAAAAGUUGUCCAAAGAGCA